AUGUUAGAUGUGCAAGUUCGUCGGAGUCGAUCAUCGCUUGCCUCGCGCGGCGGUUGCGUACGCGCUGACGUGAUUCGUACAAUAACACGAUAUAAUUCCACAGCUUCAACCGUAAUAGUUUUCACUUCGUCCGCAGUCGCUGGCCUCGGAGUCGCUGACUCAUUCCAUUCGCCCGGCGAACUGCAAGAAAUGCGUUGGCGGUGCUUCGAGGCCCGGAUGGGUAACAUCUUUGGGAACCUGUUCAAAGGCCUUUUUGGCAAAAAGGAGAUGAGAAUUCUCAUGGUAGGAUUGGAUGCGGCCGGUAAAACGACAAUCCUAUAUAAAUUGAAGCUUGGCGAAAUUGUAACCACAAUUCCUACUAUUGGUUUCAACGUCGAAACAGUCGAGUACAAAAAUAUUUCGUUCACCGUAUGGGACGUAGGAGGUCAGGAUAAGAUCCGACCACUAUGGAGGCAUUAUUUCCAAAACACUCAGGGACUUAUUUUCGUCGUGGAUUCUAAUGAUCGUGAACGUGUAGGAGAAGCUCGAGAGGAGUUAAUGCGUAUGCUAGCCGAAGAUGAACUCAGGGAUGCUGUACUACUUGUUUUCGCCAACAAACAGGAUUUGCCCAAUGCUAUGAAUGCGGCUGAAGUUACGGAUAAACUAGGACUACAUACGUUGAGGAACAGGUCGUGGUACAUUCAGGCUACUUGUGCGACAUCGGGAGAUGGUCUUUACGAAGGUCUAGACUGGUUGAGCAAUCAGUUGAAGAACAGAGGCUAA